AUGACGACCAUUGACGACGUGACGGCGCGUGUUGCUGCUGCUCAUAGACGCCUUGACUCGCUGGAGCGCUUGCUGGAUGACUUGGAGGGAGUGAAGCACGUGAAACAGCAUCUUCAGCGUGAAAGGUUGACCAGCAGCGCGCUUAAGACGGCGCCGAGUGACUACUACUCGUGGACUCUGAGCCAGAGAGCGAAGUUCUUGGGCUGCGGGAUUUCACACCUCUGCAAGAGCAUCGUUGUCGAAAACGUGGCGUGUGUCAACAAGGGCAUCGAAGAUCCGCUCAACAGUCGCUACUACUGCGUGGUCCUGCAGUACAUCUCCAAGCUUGAUGCAGAGCAGCUGCGACGCUUUGUGCGUGACGACAUCCCUGAGGCUGAUCGCCCAUCUCGAAAGAAGUUCAACUUUCAGCAUGCCCCGGCACAAGUGUCGGAGCAACUGACUGGAUUCAAACACAACGGAGUAUCCACCUUUGGUAUGCAGACGUCUAUCCCGGUGAUCGUAGCAGGUGAGGUUGCAGCCCUGAAACCAGCCUUUCUGUGGCUUGGUGGAGGCGCAGAGACGGUAAAGCUACGUGUGAGCGUACAGGAUCUGAUCACGACCUUGGGAGCACGUGUAGCUGACGGCAUCACAACUCAAAGAACCGACUUGGACAAGGCGUGA